AUGGUCUCGGCGCCGCACAACGUGCUGGGCGUGCCGGCCUCCGCCAGCAAGGAUGAGGUGAAGGCUGCUUAUAGAAAGCUAUGCCUGAAGUACCAUCCUGAUAUGUGUCCACCCAGCCAAAAGCAGAAAGCUGCAGAGCUGUUUGGACAGAUAUCAGAAGCUUAUUCAGCAAUGAUGACAGGUUCCCACCAACCACAGUUUGACACAAGGAGCGGUGGAAGGGCAUGGACUCCUCCUCGUGCUCGUGUUCGGGUGUCCAACCGUGUGGUAGCGCUCAUCAUCAGCCUUCCUGUAGUCUUAACCGGAAUCAAAGUCGGAAUGUUCUAUGGCCGCCUUCCCAGGGAGGGAGACGACGGGCCAAACUUGUGGACAAGGACAUUUAAAGGAUGGAAAGGGCCUACAACGACCUAA